AAGUGGGAGCUACGACGUAAACCGCGCAGUUUGAGUUUGAACACAAUUGAGAGCUAAGAAAAGCGUUCAAAAGGUGAAAUUAGAGUGUUAAAAUGUCUCUGCUACCAUUUUUGUUCGACGAUGCAUACUUGAGACGUCCUUCGCGACUUCUAGACCAGCGUUUCGGCCUCACCCUCGACCCAGAGGAUUUUCUUCAGCCGCUGACCAUCCCAAGGUCUCUCCUGGUAUGUCCAGCUGGUUAUGUGAGAAACUGGAGGUCGGCAUCUUCCCAGCAGGAUUCCGGAUCAACCGUGGCCUACGAUAAAGAUAAAUUCCAAGCUAAUCUCGACGUGCAGCAAUUCAAACCGGAGGAAAUUUCUGUGAAAUUAACCGGAGAAAACACCGUUACCAUCGAGGGUAAGCACGAGGAGAAAACGGAUGAACACGGACAGAUUUACAGACAUUUCAUCCGCAGUUAUACGAUUCCAAAAAAUUGCGAUAUGAGUAAAAUCGAGUCGAAAUUGUCGAGCGACGGUGUUCUCAGCAUCACGGCUCCAAGAUUGGAACAGAUGGAGGUCGAACACAAAAAUAUUCCUAUCACUCAAACCGGGGAGCCUGCCAAAGAAAUCAAGAACAAGGAGGCGGAAAAUAAAUUGAAGGAAAAGUAGUCUAUUUUUUUUCGAAAUAUUUUAAAAUAUGUUUGAAUAACAUUGUAAGCUUAUCAAGACUGUAUUGUUAUAUUAUUUCAACUUUUUUUUAUUACUUGUAUUAAAGGAAUAGUAUUAAAGGAAUAUAUUAGAAUAA